GACGUGCAAAGAUUGCUUUUAUAAUAAUAACAAAAAAAAAAGAAAUUAAACAAGUAUCGGAAUAUGGAUAUCUCCAUAGGAUUUGGAUUCCUGAAUGGCGCUCUCAGGGCGCUAAUCGCCGGAAGUCUGCUGCUCCUGAUGACCGCCAUUUACCGCGAUGACAACGAUUCCGGCUCCCAUUACAUUCAUCCCCGGCAUGCCAUGCAGCAUGGCUAAGUGCUCCUCCUCCUCCUCCUCCAAGUAUCGGAAUAUGGAUAUCUCCAUUGGAUUUGGAUUCCAUGCAGCAUGGCUUAGUGCUCCUCCUCCUCCUCCCCCUCCUCCUCGUUCUAUACUCUCCAGAGAGUUAGAUCUAAGUCUAGUCCAUUGCAGCCAAGUUUGAUCGGUGUUGCGUCGCCAAAAAAACCUGUUUUGAACGCGAUGCCGGUUCGUCGACAUAUCGCGAAUUAACUGCAAAAAUAACGUAAGCCGCAUUCUCUUCACGCAAAGAGGAUUAAUUAAGAAAUGCCGACAAAUGGAUCGCCUCAAAAGAAUGAUGUAUCUGAAAUGACACAUCUAAAUUAGUAUUUAAAUAAGUGCAGUGAAUUUUUAUUAUUA